ACUGUAUAUUUCACGAACUUAUGGCGAAGAGAAAGCUGAUAAUUGACUGUGAUGCUGGAGUUGAUGAUGCACAAGCUAUAAUUCUUGCUUUGUCACACGAAGAUGUUGAAGUACUGGCGAUCACUUGUGUUGUGGGCAAUACCUUGAUCGACCAAGUCUGCGUCAAUGUCCUUAAGGUACUCGAACUGUGCGACAGAACAGAUAUUCCUGUCUUCAAAGGUGCUGCUGGGCCGUUAGUUGGUAAGGAGUUGUAAAAGCCAAAUUUUCAUUGGCUCAACUGCAUAUUUAGGGUCUUAGAACGAGUAGAGAUGUCUAUUCUGUUUGAAAGUUCUUUACACCACCACGCCAACACACCACCACCCAGAUAUACACGAAUUGACCCAGUCCUCUCCAGGCCCCUCCCCAGCCCUCGUUCAAAAUGUGGGUGUGGCUUUGGAGACUAUAUGUAGUCUUGCAUGUAUUACAAACCCAUAACAGCAAGAGAUGCCAACGACUGGAGAUAAAAAAUCUGGAGACUCUCUUUUGCAUUACCCCCUCUCCCCACAAAAUGUCAACGAUCACCCCUCCGGUGAUAAUCUCAAAUUGACAGAGUUCCCAAAUUGCAACAUGGGGUAGCUCAGGACAUUAUAAUAAAUGAAGUCAUACAUAGGUACAGAACAUCAAAGUUAUAAUAAUCUUUGUCAGUGAUGAAAUACUCAGAAACCUUAUAAGGCCAUCCUCUUUUUUUCUCCAUUUACCGUCGUCCGACCAACCCCAAUUUUUGGUAUUUUCAAAAAAUUAAAGUAACGACGCAGUUACACCCUUUUUCACUUAAAAUAAUUCUUUUAAUCUGAAAAAUGAGCUUAGUAACAGCAUAGAGAAAAACAGGAACAAAAACAUGAACAUUUUUCACAGUAUAUUGUAAUUUUGUUAAUCCAAAAUAUGUGAAUGUUAACUUUUACCAGGGCCUACUAUUCCAAGACUUCUUGUGACUUUCUUUUUAGGUUUUUUUUUUGUUUUCAAUCGGACCUACCGACCCAAUAUCAGGAAACGCAUUUGAUGGUAAACGAAGAAAAAAAAGGGGAUGGCCUAAUGAGUCAAAGGAUGUUUCAAAUUUUGGAGGAAAAUGGGCUAAAUUCCAAACUAAAGCACAAAAAAGCUCAAAAGUUGAUUUUAUGCAGGAUAUUCGGUGACCUAUACGGGAGACUGGGGGACUGGUGCUAUAUCUUGGAGUCUCCCUGAUAAUCUGGGAGAGUUGAAAUAUAUGAAACCUUUCUGGGGGAGGGGGAGGGGGUGUCAUAUGUCCCUGCUAUAAAUUUUAAAUAUAUUCAUUUUGCAUAAUUUGAGGAGUAGGCCAUGUCCCUGUCGGUAUUUAAGCCAUCUUUAUGUUCUUUGUCGCCAUUUCAUCUAGUUUUAUGUCAUUAGUUCAAUGCCAUGUCGCUUGUGGAAAUUUUACCCCAUACUAGCAGGGCCUCAUAAAAAACCACCUAUUCCAAAAUACGGGGUAAUCUGCAAAAUCUUUGUCACUGAUGAAAGAUGAGUAAAAAUGCAAUUUUUUUUAAUUUUGUCAAAAUUUGGGGCUGAAUUCCAGACUCACAUCCAGAAAAGCCCAAAACCACUUUUUAUCCACGAGAUUCCUUUGGUAUCCAGGAGACUCAUGGCUCAUUUAUAAUCCAGGAGAACAGGCAUUGCAAGAAAUGGGAUUUUUAGAGUUGAGUCACUGGUACUGAGAUUAGGUCAUGCACUUUGUCUGCUGAAAAUGGGUACUCUAAUGGCACUCAUAGAACUCCCAUUAAUGACUGGUGUGUAGGGCCUAAUUAUUUUAGAAGCCUCAAGAUUCACCUAUUCAGUUUGUGGAUAUGGGUAAACUACCCAUACUCCAAUCUCUUGAUACAAGUAUACUGCCACUUUUCUUUGAGGAAACUCCAUUACUAUAUUUGGCUUAAUGUUUAAGUAUCCUGCUUAUGAAAAAAAGUAUAGCAAUGAUGAUGAUGAUGAUGAUCCCCUUUUUUGAAUGUGAAUACAUGAGAAAAAAAGGGUUAAGUAACUCACAUCUCACUAAACUUUUUUGGCAGGUGAGCUGAAGAAAGAUGCCUCCCAUUUUCAUGGUCUUGAUGGUUUAGGUGAGGUUGAAGAUAUUCCGCACCCAGACCUUUCUUUGCUGAAGACUGAACAUGCUGUGAAUGCCCUGAUCAGACUUACCAAUGAACAUCCAGGGGAAAUAACAUUGGUUCCUAUUGGUCCAUUGACUAACCUUGCUCUUGCUUGCCGACUCGAUCCAACUAUUUGUUCCAAACUGAAAGAGAUUGUUAUCAUGGGAGGAAACAUAGAAGCAAAGGGCAACACCUUUGUGACUGCUGAAUUCAAUUUCCAUUUUGAUUCAGAGGCAGCCCAUAUAGUGCUAAACGAAUUCACAUCUCCAAUAUCUUUGGUAACAUGGGAAGUGUGCCUCCAACAUGCUCUACCAUGGGAUUUUUACUAUACCUACUGUGGUCUGGAGACAAAGAAAGCUCAUUUUGUGAAGAAGAUUACACGAGCAAGUUCAGAUUUUCAUAAAAAGAAGUUUGCAGGUAUGGGUGUAGGUUAUACAAGCUGUGACCCUUUUGCCUUAGGUGUUGCUGUUCAGCCAGAUAUGGUCUCUAAAGAGACAAGUGUGUAUGCAACAGUUGAACUUCAUGGACAUUUGACUCGGGGCCAAAUGGUUGUAGAUUGGCGAGGACAUCUUGGAAAGAAACCCAAUGUCAAGAUAGUACAAGAAGUUGACCUGGAAGCCUACAAAGCCCAGAUGAUGAAGUCUGUGCAGUAGUACAUGUUUGACUUUGUUUUAACAGUAUAUUGAUAAGUUGAACCUACCUCUUUGACUGAGCAAAAACUGCCUUAUAUUGUUAGAUUUUUUUACACCAAUAUAUACUUCAUGAUACAUAUAGAAAACGUUUGCUGAUGGGACAUUGGUGAAACAAGGCAUUUGUGGCAAAAUGACCGGUCACCAUUUUUAUUUGAUCCACAUAGAUCAUUUAAACAAAUUUAUUAUAAACUUAAGUUAGUAGAUAAGAGAUGAUUUAGGCAACCACUGGUAUUACAGACACCCUUGAGACCAUGAAAUUGUAAGUGUCCUUAAUAGCGAGAACCCAUAGGAGAGUGCAA